GCCACUGUCCGGAACUAAAGCGCUUUACUCUUUAUUCCUCGUCGGCCCUGUUAUUGUACAGGACCGCUGGAGACAGCUGUUUGUAAUCAGUCAUCGUCCACCUGACUGCUUAUAUGGGAACACCAUGAUCGCCGUUGAGACUGGACUCUAUAUUGGAUCUGUCGCGGAUCUUAAGGACCCUGAAGCUCUUACCAAUGUGGGCAUCACUCAUGUUCUCACUGUGGACUCAGAGGAGCCAAACAUCUCUGGCUUUCACACAAAAUUCGUCCAUGCUUUGGACGAGUCGUCCACAGAUCUGCUCAGCAGACUGGACGGCUGUGUCCACUUCAUAACAGAAGCUCUAGCAGCAUCUGUAGGCAAGCCAUCAUCUGUUCUCGUCCACUGCCAUGUGGGUCAAAGUAGAAGUGCUGCUGUAGUUACUGCUUAUCUAAUGAAGACGCAGAAACUGAACCUGCAGGAUGCGUAUACCAAACUCCAGCAGCUCAAACCAGACGUCAAAAUGAACGAGGAGUUUCUUGACCAGUUGGCCCUGUACGAAUCCAUGAAUUGCGAAUUAGACAUGAACAGUCCAUUAUACAAGCAGUUUAGACUGAAGAAAGUCACUGAGAAAUAUCCAGAACUCCAGAAUGUCCCCAAGGAUGUGUUCGCUGUCGACCCAGCUCAGACCCAAAAUACUGAGGUGGUCUAUAGAUGCAGAAAAUGCAGAAGAACACUCUUCCGCAACUCCAGCAUCCUUAGCCACUGUUUAGGCAGAGGGGCGUCUGCCUUCGCUCAUAAAAGGGUCAGUGGUGGAUGUCCAGCAGGAGAUCAGACAGAGUGUACGUCGUACUUCAUAGAGCCAGUUCAGUGGAUGGAGGAGGCUUUGCUUGGCGUCAUGGACGGACAGCUACUCUGUCCUAAAUGCAGCUCCAAGCUGGGCUCUUUUAACUGGUACGGUGAGCAGUGCUCGUGUGGCCAGUGGGUGACCCCUGCUUUCCAGAUGCAUAAGAACAGAGUGGACGAAAUAAAACAUAUCAACAUUUCAGCACUCAAAUGACAUGACUGACUGUUUAAUAACACAAAUAAAGAUAUAUAUUGUUUGAA